ACGCGCCGUGUGAAUCGCCACUUUCAUCACAUUUACAUCUCCCUUGAUCUUUUGUGUGUCUUCUUAUCAACACUGUAGCAACCUUUCAUUCACUUGUGGAUUCACCUCAUUACUACCGCCAUCGCGGGUCAGCUACCUCAUCGCAUGGCUAACGCCCACAACUCUCCACCUUCCUAUUACACCCGUUUCCAUUUUCGCACUCUUCCUUCAUAUUGCUUCGACAUACAGCCUCUCUCGACGUAGUCUCUGGACUGUCGCUCUUCACCUUGUCCUUGGCACUGCUAUGCCCACUUUGAAACGUUCGAAGACCAAGGAAACAGCUCUUAGGUCCCUCAUAUUGUCCUCCGCUAUCAUACUAGAGGGCGCACGCGUCCAAAAAGCUUUACACAUGUCUCAAUACAGCUCUGCCGUCAACCCGACCGUCCGUCGACAUGCAACCAGAACGGCUGUCAGACCACAGUGCACUCACAUCAUCAUGGACCGUGUCUAUCAACCGGAUACCAUAUGUCAAAUCUGCCAUUUCCCACCUGCCCUCGGCAUCGUGUAUAAGUGUCGCCAAGACGAUCAUCAGGAAAAAACGGAACCAAACUACCCUUUCGCACUCGACUCUGUUUGGGCCACCAACACAAUUUCGGAAGGCCCGAAGACUCUGAGGGAGGAACUGACUGACAUCGGCAUGAGCGACUUUGUCAUCGAAGCUGCCGAGGCUGGUCAGUAUACACCGGAUCAGAUCAGAAUCUUGAAAGAAGACAAGAUGCAAGUCAAUGAAUUCAUGGCUGAUGCCAUCAAUCAGAGGGAGAGAAAAAAGAAGAAGACUAAAAGCAUCAAGAGGGCUGACAGUACCGCCCGCGAAGACUCUAUGCAGCCGGUUGCUACUUCUGCCGAGGGAGGCAUGUAUAAAGAUCGCUCCGGAGAUUCAUCGCCCAUAUCCCAAUCCUCGUCCAGAUACUCAAGCUAUCAGCAGCGUCGUGGAGAAAGGUGUGGUCUCAUUAGUUGCGCCCGUUGCCGAUACUACUUCCGUGACAGAGUCUACAUGUCCUUUGAGGGAGUCUUCAAGGGGGAGUACGAACCUGUCACCGAGAAGGACGAGUUGCACAUCAUUGAUGCCUCAGUUUUGAGGGAUAUGAAUUGGACAAAGUGGACGCGUGACAUACCUCCUCGUGGCAGUGAUGCGCAAGCCUCAAGUGGACAUAGCGGACUGACAUCUAGCUCCUACUUUUCCGAUAGCGAACCAGACAAUAAUGAUUCAGUACUCUAUCGCUCAAAGAGCACUACUGACCUCACAAGCGAAUCGACCGAGUCUGUCAACCGUAUCGGACGUCGGUUUAGCUAUCGAAAUCCACUCGGCAUCCUCAAGGCUAAUCGCAGCGCGUCGAUCUCAUCAGUGAAUACUGAACCUGCCACCAGCUGCACUGGCAUGGAGACAGAGGGCGACAAAGCUUUCCGUCAACAUCAAGUUGAAACCGGGGUGCAGAGGGGAUUCCACCCUUCGGCGUCCUCAUCCACUAUGGGAGGGCCCCCUACAAAGUGGCAAGAUGCUCUGGAGUCUCUCUUCGGGCUCAGCGAUAAGAGCACUGGAAGUGACGGUCUAGGUCUGGGAUGCCUGCAGAAUCCACUCGCGUGCCACCCGACAUAUCCGGCCACAGGGGCGGUGAACAUUGAGGCGCCAUCAAUUCACUCCAAUGCCAGUGGCGAGGUUGAGGUUGAAGGUGGCGUUGCACUUACCGAAGAAGCUGUCGAGAUGCAUACACCCGACAUCAUUACCCAGGCCUAGUCCAGGACACGCUCCGAUACCUCAAACGCAUGGCAACAGGUAUGCGCAUACCUAGAUGGCUAUAAGGGUCCAGUCUGCUUCUUUGGCAUUAGUCACGCCAAAACCAUUAGAAAAGCAAGAAAUCGUGACAACCGCGAAUUGUUUUCUCGUAAAUCAUGUUUUCAAGGCGUUCUGUUCAUAAGCAAAAGGGACCUAUGCAGAUUUGGAUGGCUCACUCUUGUGCUAAUCCACUCAUACACCAAUGGCUGGCUCGCAGU